AGCAACUUUUACAACUGAUUAAAUCUGUUAUUUAUAACAAUUCCAUUGAAGAUAUUAUUUAUUACUCAACAGCAACCUUCAAACUCUCGAGAAAUCACUUAAACACGAUUGUUUAAUAUAAAGAGAAAAAUUCGGUUAACACGUGUUAAAUAAUAAAAUAAUUUUUGUUAAAGUUUUUUCAACUAAAAUAUUCAGAGAUAAGUUGUAUCGUGUGAAUUGAUCUUUGCAUGGAUUUGAUGAUGCCACGGGCACACUUUUGAUAAUAAUCUUUCGAAAUAAUCGAUUGUGAACGAGUCAUUAUUAAAAACGAAAUGAUGCUAACUGCAAAGGGGGUACUCGGUUCACGACAGCGAUAUCUAGUUAUUCGAAUAAUGUCGGAAUUAAAUUGGAAUUAAUGGAACGUCCCAGUGUCUCCAGUGAUAACCUUCGCACAUAACCUCAAAGUCGAAUAUUUCAAAUAGUUAGGUCGAUUUUAUCAAUGAAAAAAUAAGGAAAAUCUACUAAAAACAAUCAGUUGAGUUAGAAAAUAUUAGUUAGUCAAUUUUAUUUGUCCAAAAUGAGCUCUAAAGUUGCUUAUGCCAUAGGCACAGUUUAUGUGGGGUGUAUUUUAAAUAACGUUUUUUUGGAAUAUUUAGUCAGGGAUGAACCAGGUUCUGGAAAUUUAAUAACCUUUAGUCAGUUCUUGUUCAUAGCAAUUCAUGGAUUUUUCACUUAUUCAAAAUAUGGAAAAACCAAACGUAUGAUACCAUUCAAGGAUUAUGUUACAUUAGUCUCACUAUUUUUUAUAACCAGCGUUUUCAAUAAUUGGGUUUUUGGUUUCAACAUUCCCGUACCACUCCAUAUGAUUUUUAGAGCCGGUUCACUUAUAGCAAAUAUGAUAAUGGGUAUUAUAAUUUUAAAACGACGAUAUUCCUUCUCAAAGUUCCUAUCAGUUGGGAUGAUAACCGUGGGGAUCGCAAUAUGCACGAUAAUAUCAAGCGGAUCAUCCUCAAAAAAAAUGUGUACAGAUUGCGGUCUGGAACCGAUUAAUUUAGAGCCAUCAUCUGAUGAUAACGAAUUUUUCUGGUGGGUUGCGGGAAUUAUUCUUCUCACAGCAGCACUUUUGUUAUCAGCUCGAAUGGGGAUUUAUCAAGAAACUAUUUAUAGAGUUCAUGGAAAACAUCCAAACGAAGCACUUUAUUACACGCAUUUAUUAUCAUUACCUGGAUUUAUUUUAUACGCACCAAGUAUAAUUGAACAUACCGAAAAAGUCAUUUCAAGCGAGCCAUACACACUUCCGUUUGUUAAGAUUGCGAUUCCGAUUUUAGUUUUGUAUUUGAUUGGAAAUGUUUUAACUCAAUAUUUAUGUAUAAGUUCCGUUUAUUUAUUAACAACCGAAUGUACUUCGUUAACGGUGACAUUAGUGAUAACUCUCAGAAAAUUUAUUUCGUUGUUGCUCUCAAUCGUUUAUUUUAAAAACCCGUUCACGUGGUUGCAUUGGUUUGGCACGAUUUUGGUGUUUGCCGGAACGUUAAUUUUCGCCGAAAUUUUCACUUUCAAAAAGGACGCAACUCAAGAAAAGAAACAAAUUGACAAAAAAGUUAAAUAGAUAGUUAAAUAUUAUAUUUUCUUGUGGUGUUAAUGUUGUUCAAUAAAGGCUAAAAAAUAU